CAGUUGGUAUAAUAGCAGAGAGGGUAGCGCAGGGAGUCUAGGAGGAGCUGCGGCAAGGUCGACACCAGCAUCCUGCUCCUAACCACCGACACACCGACACACCGGAGACUCGAGACACAAACACACCCGGGCCAGAGGGGAGCAGGAUUAAGUCCUCAGCUCCGACAGCACCGGGGGGAUUUUGGAUACACAGCCGCGGUAGAAGAAGAGGAGAGUGUCUGAAAGUUUGUCGCCUCAUGUUCAGAGGCAGCUAACAGCUACCCUCCACGUCCCUCCGCGCCGCUUUCUUCGCCUUUCUGCCCGGCGCGACGGCAAUUCUUCCCGGUAUAAAGGAAGCGAGUGGUGUGUUUGUUGCGGAACUCCUCCGGGGCUUUCACACUCCCUCCCGUUACUUCGCGGGCCGUAACGUGGCUUCCCCUCACUCGGCUCUCACGUUUGUUUUUGUGCCAUGUCAGCGACAUCCUCCGCACCUCCCGCCCCGGCAGACAGCGCCGCGGCUGAAAAUGACUUUCUAGCCCCGGAUGCGGGGCUCAAGCCGGCGGGUCCGACGCCCAGUCAGAGCCGCUUCCAGGUGGACAUUGUGACGGAGGCUGCGGGCGCCGCCGAGGACAGGUCCCCGAGCUCCGACGCCUCCACCACAGCCCCAUCUAGCGAUAAGGCCACUCCCGCCGCUCCGCCAGAUGUUCCGGACCCAGGGGCCGGCGGGGAGGAAGCCAAAGGCCGGUUUCGAGUGGUGAACUUCGCGGACCCUAGCGGAGCUGGGAGCCCGGCCUCUCCGGACGCGGCGCCGAUGGAGGGCUUCCAGAACGGGGACACGGUGAUGAGCGAGACCAGCUUGCAUUCAUCCACAGGCGGCCAGCAUCACUACCACUACGACACCCACACCAACACCUACUACCUGAGGACUUUCGGACACAACACCAUCGAUGCCGUGCCCAACAUCGACUUCUACCGGCAGACAGCAGCGCCUCUGGGGGAGAAGCUGAUCCGACCCACCCUGUCGGAGCUGCACGACGAGCUGGACAAGGAGCCGUUUGAGGAUGGUUUUGCGAACGGCGACGAGCUGACGCCGGCUGAAGAGGCUGCAGCAAAAGAAGCAGCCGAGUCUAAAGGAGUGGUUAAGUUCGGAUGGAUUAAAGGAGUCUUGGUCCGCUGCAUGCUGAACAUCUGGGGUGUGAUGCUCUUCAUCCGCAUGUCCUGGAUCGUUGGUCAGGCUGGAAUCGCUCUCUCCUGUUUGAUCGUCGCCAUGGCUACUGUGGUGACAACAAUCACCGGCCUCUCCACGUCCGCCAUCGCCACCAACGGAUUCGUACGAGGAGGUGGAGCGUAUUACCUGAUCUCCAGGAGUCUGGGUCCAGAGUUUGGCGGCGCCAUCGGUCUCAUCUUCGCCUUCGCCAACGCGGUCGCCGUGGCCAUGUACGUGGUCGGCUUCGCUGAGACUGUGGUGGAGCUUCUUGCUGGUGUAGACGCCAUCAUGACGGACGAAAUCAACGACAUCCGAAUCAUCGGCACCAUCACCGUGAUCCUCCUCCUCGGUAUCUCUGUGGCAGGAAUGGAGUGGGAGGCAAAGGCCCAAAUCUUCUUGCUGAUUGUCCUCAUCACAGCCAUCAUCAACUACUUCAUCGGUACCUUCAUCACUGUCGAGUCCAAGAAAUCAAUGGGCUUCUUUGGUUACGACGGUGACAUCAUGUGGGAAAACAUGGGUCCAGACUUCAGGCAGGAAACCUUCUUCUCCGUCUUUGCCAUCUUCUUCCCUGCAGCCACCGGUAUCCUGGCCGGAGCCAACAUUUCCGGAGAUCUCGCUGACCCUCAGUUGGCCAUCCCCAGAGGAACCCUCCUCGCCAUCGUAGUCACAGGAAUUGUCUACCUGGGAGUCGCCGUGUCGACAGGCUCGUGCAUCGUGAGGGACGCCAGCGGGAACGCCAACGACACGCUCAGCUCUCAGUUCAUGAACUGCACGGACGCCACCUGCAAGAUGGGCUACGACUUCUCCGCCUGCAAGAGGGACAACAACUGCCGCUACGGACUGCAAAACGACUUCCAGGUGAUGAGUCUGGUUUCUGGUUUCGGACCGAUCAUCACCGCUGGAAUCUUCUCGGCCACGCUGUCCUCGGCUCUGGCCUCUCUCGUCAGUGCGCCCAAAGUGUUCCAGGCUCUGUGCAAGGACAACAUCUACCCCGGCCUGAGCAUGUUCGCCAAAGGUUAUGGCAAAAACAACGAGCCCCUCCGAGGUUACAUCCUGACCUUCGGUAUCGCUCUGGCCUUCAUCCUCAUCGCCCAGCUGAACAUCAUCGCCCCGAUCAUCUCCAACUUCUUCUUGGCAUCGUACGCUUUGAUCAACUUCUCUGUGUUCCACGCCUCUCUGGCCAACUCCCCAGGAUGGCGCCCCAGCUUCAAAUACUACAACAUGUGGGUCUCUCUGGCCGGAGCCGUCCUGUGCUGCGUGGUGAUGUUCGUCAUCAACUGGUGGGCCGCUCUGCUCACCAACGUCAUCGUUCUGUCUCUGUUCAUCUACGUCAGCUACAAGAAGCCAGAUGUGAACUGGGGCUCGUCCACGCAGGCUCUGACCUACCACCAGGCCCUGACCCACACGUUGCAACUCAGCGGAGUGGAGGACCACAUCAAGAACUUCAGACCCCAGUGUUUGGUGAUGACCGGUUACCCCAACUCUCGCCCGGCGCUCCUGGAUCUGGUCCACAGCUUCACCAAGAACGUGGGCCUGAUGAUCUGCGGUCACAUUCGAAUGGGCUACAGGAGGCCGAACUUCAAAGAGCUGGCCUCAGAUCAGGCCCGCUAUCAACGCUGGCUCCUGAAGAGCGAGAACAAGGCCUUCUACACUCCCGUGUACGCUGAGGACAUGAGGCAGGGGACACAGUACCUACUGCAGGCUGCCGGUCUGGGUCGCCUGAAGCCGAACACUCACAUGAUGAACGUGGAGACCUACAUCACCAUGAUCCACGAUGCUUUCGACAGUCAGUUUGGUGCUGUGAUCCUCAGACUGAAGGAGGGACUGGAUGUGUCUCAUAUCCAGGGACAAGACGAGCUGCUGUCCUCUCAGGAGAAAUCCUCGGGGAUGAAGGAUGUGAUCGUGUCCAUAGACACCAGCAAAGACUCUGACGCUGAUUCAUCCAAACCGUCCUCCAAGGCCACGAGUCUGCAGAACAGCCCGGCCAUUCAGAAAGAUGAUGAUGAUGACGGCAAAGCUCCCACUCAGCCCCUGUUGAAAAAAGACAAGAAGAGCCCGACCAUCCCUCUGAACGUGUCCGACCAGAGGCUGCUGGAGGCCAGCCAGCAGUUCACCAAGAAGCAGGGGAAAGGCACCGUGGACGUCUGGUGGCUGUUUGAUGAUGGAGGUCUGACCCUGCUCAUCCCGUACCUGCUGACCAAUAAGAAGAGGUGGAAGGACUGCAAGAUCCGCGUCUUCAUCGGAGGAAAGAUCAACAGGAUCGAUCACGACCGCCGAGCGAUGGCCACUCUGCUGAGUAAGUUCAGGAUAGACUUCUCGGACAUCACCGUGCUGGGAGACAUCAACACCAAGCCCAAGAAGGAGCACGUGGCGGCCUUCGAGGAGAUGAUCGAGCCGUAUCGGCUGAAGGAGGACGACAUGGAACAGGAGGCGGCCGAGAGUCUGAAGAACAGCGAACCGUGGAGGAUCACCGACAACGAGCUGGAGCUGUACCGCGCCAAGACAAACCGUCAGAUCCGACUGAACGAGCUGCUGAAGGAGCACUCGAGCACCGCCAACCUCAUCGUCAUGAGUUUGCCGUUGGCGAGGAAGGGUGCGGUGUCCAGCACUCUGUACAUGGCGUGGCUGGAGGCGCUGUCCAACGAGCUGCCCCCCAUCAUCCUGGUGCGCGGAAACCACCAGAGCGUCCUCACCUUCUACUCCUAAAACACACACACACAGACACACACACUAACAGACAGACGCAUACAGGGAGGAGAGCAUCUGAGUUUUUAAGUCUCACAUCCACCUCUGGGAGCACACGCACACACACGCACACACACACACACACACACACACACACCUCCCAGUCCAAACACACUCCAGAGACGGUAAACCACAGCCCCUGACCGCAACAACACUGGGAUCAUAAAGAUGGAGGAUUGAGAGGUGGAGAAGGCCUACGAGUGAUUGAGGAAUGUGGGGGGUGGGCGUUGUUGUCGCCCACUCUGCUCCUUUUCUUUCUAUUUAUUCCACGAUGUCGUCGGUUCGUUCGUUCUCUGCUUGUAGCUCCAGUUUUUAUCUGUUUUUUUUGUUUUAAUCCGAGUUGAUGAUUUUUUCUCAGGCAGUCGUGCACACAACGUUCACGUCGUUCCCAUAGUUACGUUUAAAAAAAAAAAAACAACCUUGAUGUCAUUAACGUGUGUCGAGUGAAACUGGACCAGUCGUCGUGUUUGUGAUGCAGCAAUAAAUCACACCGUGUUCGUUUUUUUUGUCCUUAACGUGUUGGGAGAGAAGCACGCAGAACGCUUUGCAACACCUUCUGAAGCCUUAUGGAUGUGCCUUCCAGAUGAAGUAAUCCAGAUUGACGAUAUGACCUUUAUUAUUGGUGGAGAGUAGCGAGUAGUUUUUUAGGAGUUUUAAAUGUGAUUCCUUCGUAGUGGGAGCGUUGUAUUUAUGCGAGUGGAUUGCAUAAACUUAAUGAAGGGUGUCCACUUGAUUGCAUUUCUCUUUCUCUCUUUUACCCUAAUCAACAUGUGUUUUACUUUAUUCACUUUUUGAGUCUUCCUAUUUAAAGCUGUUGAAUAUUUAGCCACACUUUGACUUCAGGUGGGUCUGAACUUUAAGAUAUUUGUCUGUGAAAAAAGACAUGAAGCUAGUUUUUUCUUUUUUCUUUUUUUUUUUUAAAUCGCCCGUGUAGCUGCUCAUCUUUCUUUCUGUUUUGGUGUCCGGUUCUCCCCCCUGCAGAAAGAGAAACUGCUCCACCCACUAAGCUAGUUAAACUUUGCCUUAAUGCUAACGAUUGUCACCAGUUCCUUUUCUCUUAUAAGCCAUACUGGCUGGACGGUUUGUGGGUAAACUCAGAGGGCGAUUGUCUUCUUUUCCUCCCGUCGUGUCCCCCCCCCCCCCCCCCCCCCCCGCAUUUGGACUCACUACAUGUUGCUGGUGAAUCAACAGAUGGGAUCGUAUUCCAUUUUUUUUCCCCCAGCGUUAGCUCCUCCGUAGUCGCGAGUGUUUGUGGCUGUUUGACGGACCGCUGGUCUCUCUUACCCACGACGCCUCGCUGUGCAGAGAUUGGCAGACACGCGGCGCCACAGCGUGCAGGAAGACUUGCUGGCAGGAAAGAAUGUGACAUGAGAAUGUGUCAGGGCUGAGUGAAGAUAUACCUCUAUGCAUAUGAGCUUGUAAGUACUUGUAAUAAAAGUCCAUCGCUCCUUCAUGUCAAA